AUGGCGCAGUGGGCGGCGAAGGAACUGGAGAGGCAAGCGAAUCAUGGUUUGCUGCUCUACUGCUUCUUUAGCUACCGGCGCUUCGUGAAGGGCCAACGGCGCCCUGGCACCCUGCUGAACGAGGAAGAUGCCCCACCUGACGGAUCGCAUCGCGAGGAGCUCAGCCUGCUGACGCCAGCCGCGUUAUGUAAGGCGGCCUUCCACCAGAAUGCCAGCCGCCGACUCCGGUGUGCCACCAUUUGGUCGGCCUGGAGAUCGGCGGCCUACGACCUGCGACAAGACCGCGUGGCCGUUGCUUUGCAUCAUCGCUUUGAGCAGGAGCAUGACUUGAUGGACCAGCGGAUCGUCUUCUUCCGAGAUGUUGUGGUGAAGGAGAAGCUGCGAAACCAAGCGACACUCCUCCUCCGGUGGACCUUCGACGCACUCAUGCGGUGCAUUGUCAUGGGGAGACACAAAGCACGGAGCCAACGAAAGGAAGAGGAGCUCCAGAGCAUGUUCACGGAUGCUAAGCGUACGAUGGAUCAUGUGUCCAAUCGGACGAUCGCGAUCCUUGAGAGAAGGUGUCAAGAUCCAAGGCCUUGGACCUUGAAGCUACUGCUGCACCUUUGGGUCUUGCACACCGAGAAUUCCAAGGAGCAGUUCCAGAAGCAGGCUGUGCAACACCGCCUGGAUGAAGCACUAGCCGAGGUGGCCGUGAUCUCUCGGCGCUUCGGGGUGCCCAAGGUCCAAGCCAAAGAGGAGUCCAUCACUCCACUAGAAGAGUUUGAAGCCGCUGGGCGCGCAGCUUUGAGCAUCUAUGGGCAACGGCGGCAACCGGGGAAUGAUCCAAGCCCAUGGGCAUCUUCUUCCGUCUAUGCGUCUUCUGACGGCCCCAGCUUGCCGAACAACAAAGACUUUGCAAGCACGGCCUAUCUCCAAAAGGCGAAAGAACCAGGACCCCUGGAAGCGCCUGCCUCCAUGUCCAUUGGCACCAAUUCAGCACUCUGGGCUCAACUGGACGAGCUGGAUGGGCAUAUGGCAAACAUGUCAGGAAGAAUCUGA